CGCCCGCGGCCCUUCAGCUCCCGCCCGCCGGUGCCUGAGGCGGUCCGAGCCUCCUUCUCCGACCCUUACCCUGCUGCCCGGUGGAGAUGCUGUCGAGGAGCUCCUACUCCCGGUGCGGGAGGCGCCGAGGCGGACGGAUGCGGGUCGUUUUUGGGGAAAAAAAAUAGUUGUUGAGAAAAACGCCAGAUUGUUCAGAAGCCUACUAAGCCCAUGUACUUUAAAGUGUUAAAGCUGUUGAAAUCGGGACAAUUUGAGCCUUCUUUUUGCCCUCAUUUCUGAGACGCAGCUUAAGGUACUCGGACCUGUCUGUUGGAGGCCGUGGAACUUACACCUCUCCUCAUCAAUCAGAUCAAUCACCCGCUGUGACACCCAGGGCUUGCCACACUUCAGAGCAGAGAAACUUGCACCAAAGGCUGUGUGGAGCUGCCAGCUUGGUGUGUCCCACUGCCUGUGCUGUGGCUGUGGAAAAAAAAAUCCUGCAGCUGUGGCCAGCCGAGGCCAUUGCAGCUGACAGCCGUCUUGCUGUCCCACACUACUCUGGGGUGCGUGAGUAACAGUGUAUUUCCUGCUCUGGGAGUUAAACUUCUAAAGCGGAUAAGCAGGGGCUAUUUAACCAUCAUCUCUGGUACAAUGGGCAGUGACAAGGCAAGAUUGUGCUAGAUAUAUUGUCCUCCUUACAAAACUUUAUCUGAAACCUAUUGUAGGAUGUUUGUUAUCUAUUUCUAAUUGCUUCAAAACACUUGAUUUGGCAAACAGUUUUUUAAAAACUGAGAUAUAGUGAAAGGUGGUGGUACCAGUAGUAUUUAAGGUCAGUUCUUGCUGUGCACAUUGAAAACGACAGAUUUGUUGCAGCAACAUGCUGACAGCAAGUUUGCUUAACAUCCAACUGGCAAAUAAGCUAAUCUUUGAUAAAUAGGAACAGAUAGAAGAAGUCCAGAAUAGUAAACUGGAAGAUCAGCUGAACUUUGACAUGUACAAACAAAUAGGAGUGAAAAAGACUUCAUGUAUUAUACUGUCUUUAAAUUUUACCCAAUUAGCACAGCAAGGUAAUUGUGCAUUGAGAUGCAGUUACCACUGUGAUAUGCUUGAGAAGAGCUAGCUGGUAUAGUGUAAACCUUUACAGUUAUUUCUGAAUCCUCUGGCCUACAUUGUAACCACAAAUAAACCUUACCUAGUUAAUGCUUUCCAUUAAGCUCUGCUGCUAUUUUACUGCUGUUAUUUUGAUUCAAAAGAUAGAGACUUUUUCAUGUGUUUGUCAUCUUGGGUACAGGGGAAGCAGCCAGGGAUAUAAAAGGAGGUGAAAAAUGAAGAGAUGGAAUGUCAGCUUUUCACUGUAGGAAUGUUGUUAAGCGUACAGAAUCAGAAGAUUAAAAGAUACAGAGCCAAAUCCACCCCUGCUGCUGAUUAACUUCUGUAUAAUGACAUUAGAGGUAAUUUGGCCAUUUGUAUUUAAUCUGGGUUGCAUAGAUGGGCAGCUUGAAGUAGGUGGCUGUGAAUGGAAUGCCAUUUCAUGCAAAUCACUUGCCUAAGUAUUGGCCUGGUCUGAUUGAGAGCAGCUGUUAUCUCUUGUGUUUCAGUAGCACCAGAUCAGAGAUAUUAACCAUGCUUAAUUAUACAUAUAACCACUAAAGCCAAUGAUGGAGCUCAUUCAGAGUUGAGGACAGGUAAGAACUUUCAGAACAGUGCAAGUUCUUAGUCUCAAGGGGCCCUUACAGAUUGUUGGUUUUUUGAUUUAAAAAAGUUAAAUACUCUAUUUUGCAGAUUCUUAAAAAUUAUUUUUAAUAUUCUGACUUACCUGUGGAGAACUUUUUUGGAACAUAAUAGGAAUCCAAUGUCACUACACACCAGGGAAAAGGAGAAAAAAAGCACUAGUGGCUGGGAAAACAGAUUGGUUUUGCCAUGUGACAGUACAGCUGUAUGGUAUUUGAACAGAUGCUUGCUGCUCUCUUGGUCUGGUGGUGCCAUCCAAACCAGUUCAAUGCAGGCUCUGGGAUUUUUUCAGUACACUCACGGAGUAUACGUGCUCUAAAUGCCUACAAUACAGAGGAAUCCAGCUACUUCUAAUGGGAUGCAUUUGCAGAGAGGAAGAAUUCCUCAUUUAAGAUGGGUAAUAAGCAAACGAUAUUUACUGAUGAACAGCUAGAUGCCUACCAGGAUUGCACGUUCUUCACUCGGAAGGAAAUCCUUCGGUUGCACGGCCGAUACCAUGAAAUGGCACCAAACGUUGUGCCCAUGGACUAUACAAAGGACCCAGAUGUUAAACUACCUAUGCAGCUUAUAAUAAACAUGCCUGAGCUGAAGGAGAACCCCUUCAAAGAAAGAAUUGUGGAGUCUUUCUCAGAAGAUGGAGAGGGGAGCCUGAGCUUCAAUGACUUUGUGGAUAUGUUCUCCGUGCUCAGUGAAAUGGCUCCCCGAGAGCUUAAAGCAAUCUAUGCCUUUAAGAUUUAUGAUUUUAACACAGAUAACUUCAUUUGUAAAGCAGACUUGGAAAAAACCCUCAAUAAGCUGACCCGGGAAGAGCUGACAGCAGAGGAAAUCACUCUGGUUUGUGAGAAGGUGAUAGAAGAAGCUGACAUGGAUGGUGAUGGGAAAUUAGGAUUUGCAGAUUUUGAAAACAUGAUUUCCAAGGCACCAGACUUUCUCAGUACUUUCCACAUAAGAAUCUGAAGAUGUUUCUGCCAGUCCAGCCUUUCUGAAUCUCAGGCACUCCAGGGAUUUUUGUCCUCUAAUGAGGGCUUCCUAGAACUCAGCAGAAAGUACUGAAAGAAUUCUGGCCCACAAAGAGACAGAAGCAUCAUGUGAUCUACAGGAUAUUUGGAACAGACAUAUUUUUAUCUUCUCUCCUGGCCAAGCACUCUGGCGAAGAUGGUUGGUUGUUGGAUUGUGGUAUUUCCCCGCCCCCCCCUCCCCUUUUUUUAACAGUCAGGAUCAGAAUAUUAUUAAAGGUAUUUCCACAGAGUUUUUAUAUUUAUGAAUAUUUAAUACUGCUCUUUAAAGUGAAAAAAAACCCACCCCAAAACAAAAAAACUGAGAGAUUAGCUUUCGUUUGUUUUCCAAGAGUAUUUGAAAGAAAGGAUGGGCCUUAAAUAAUGAGAUGCCUCUAUCACUGUGUUGGACAGCUGGGAUCUUGCAUGGAAAAUAUGUGAGGUGAAAGCACUGCUGUCAAGAUCAAGCUCCCAGUGUUGAAGACAGCCACAGCCCACGUUUGCCUUUCAGCCACUCAAAUGGCAACUGCUGGGUUUGGUGCUUACCUUCAACCAAUAUUUUAUGGAUUGUUGUGUCCUUAUAAAACUUGAAAUAUUUGCUUUUUGUAUAUGAUAACUGCGUACGUGAUUCAUUUCUUCCCAAUAUAAAUGUUAAAACUCAGUCCUUAUUCUCAAAGGGGCUCCUGCAUUUUACUCAUUCUAUGGGCUGAUAAUGUUCUUGAAUGGAGGAACAUGGUCAUCUGUAACUCAUGAAGAAGUUGAAGAAGCACAGAACUACUAUUAAGGACAUGAAAAGAUAUUUUCUUUUGAAACAAGCUAUGCAAUCUCUCCUAUAAAAUGCAUGAAUGCAGUUCUAUCUUUUUCUUUCCUCUCCAGCUGGAAAUCAGCUAGAUUUUUUUUUUGGGUUUUUUUUUUUUUUUUUGGUUUGUUGUUUCGAUUUGGGUUUUUUAUUUAUUUUAUUUUUACUUCCAGUAUUGUUUAGGUACUGGGACCUGAAGACAAUCAUAUAUGUAUUAAUUACUGUUCUAACAGUCAAUAGAAGGGCUCUGUCACUUACAUGGCUUCUGUAUCAAGGUCAUCACAAUUAAAACUUUUAAAGCAUUCUGUUGUGCUUUGAGAAUUUUUAGGCUGACCACAUACUAAUUUCCUUUCUGAUCAUUAUUCCAAUAAAGUCAAAUCUUUCAAAGGAUCAAAUGUGUUAUAUAGAAAACUGUUAAAGUAGAGAACCUAACCUGUUUAUCAUUUCUGUAGGGAUGGUGAUAGCUAUCUACGUUGGAAACUCUUCUGUGUGGUGACCUUGCAGGGUAGCUUGCUGUUCAGAUUUACACACUAUGAAUAAAGAAGAAAUAUUUCUCUAGCAGUAUGUGUGUACAUUAAAGUUUCAAUGGAAAUUUUGGAUAUUCAAAGUAUAUGGGACAGACAUGUUUAAGAUUGCACAGUGAAAAUGACAGCAAUAGCAUUUAUUUGUAAUACAUAUCUUAGAGCUAUUAUGUUAAUUGAUGUUUAUAGCAUUUUAAUGCUUCCACCUACUGAUUUCUGUUUAGAUGAAGAAAUUAAAACCUGAAUUCCCUUACCCAAGUUAAAAUUAACAGAAAUCAAUCCUCAUGUUCAGUUCUGAUUGAGUAA